AAAUCACAGUGGUCGAGCUGUGGGAUAUUAUCUCUUAUACUGCGGGUGGAAGUUCUUUCUUUCGUUUGUUCUUUCUUUCUUUCUUUCUUCAGCAGCUUCACAGAGGUGAAUAAGAGGAGGCUGAUUGGAAGAUGAAUCCAGGAGGACGACGGUUGAAGCAGUGGCUCAUAGAGCAGAUUAACAGUACUAUUUAUUCAGGAUUGCUGUGGGAGGAUGAGGCUCACACCAUGUUCCGCAUCCCAUGGAAACACGCCGGGAAACAGGACUAUAACCAAGAGGUGGACGCUUCCAUUUUUAAAGCUUGGGCGGUGUUUAAGGGCAAGUUUAAGGAAGGGGAUAAAGCUGAACCUGCUACAUGGAAGACCAGACUGCGAUGCGCGCUCAACAAAAGUCCCGACUUCGAGGAGGUAACGGACCGCUCGCAGCUGGACAUCUCCGAGCCGUACAAGGUGUACAGGAUUGUCCCUGAGGAAGAGCAGAAGUUAGGGAAAAACAUCGGCACGAUGAAUGUGAGCUGCUCCAACGAUGGAGUGGAUAUGGAGUGCAGCUCAGCCGACCUCGAUCAGCUCAUCAAAGAGGCGUCUAAUGACGAAUACACAGGCAUUAUCAAGAGAAGCCAUUCUCCUAUGGAUGAGAAUUGCAACGUUCAGUCACCACAGGAGUUCUGGCAGCAGGGUUCUCCUCAUAACGUUCUUCCCAUUCAUCUGGACACAUCACCAAUAAACUCAUUUAAUGCUGUUUUCGCUCAGAUGAUGAUCUGUUUCUAUUAUGGAGGGAAGCCGAUGGGCCACACGGUCACCACUCACACUGACGGCUGUCGGAUCUCGCCCUGCCAGCCCCCCAUCUCCAACGCGCUGCUGUACGGCUCGGACAGCCUGCAGACCGUACGCUUCCCGCCCGUGGAGCUGAUCGAGAACGAGCGCCAGCGCUACGUCACCCGCAAGCUGUUCGGGCACCUGGAGCGCGGCGUUCUGCUACGUGCCAACCGCGAGGGCAUCUUCAUCAAACGCCUGUGUCAGAGCCGAGUCUUCUGGAGCGGCCAGGACUCCCAGUACAGCUCUGGCAUCAGCAAACUGGAGAGAGACUCUGUGGUCAAGAUCUUCGACAAUAACAGGUUUUUGCAUGCACUGCAGAUGUAUCAGAAUAAUCAGUACCCGGCUCCGGACCCUACAGUCUCGCUCUGUUUUGGAGAAGAGUUUGUUGACUUCAGCACCGCCAAGAACAAGCUGAUCAUUGUGCAGAUCACGGCUAUAAAAUGUCAGCAGCUGCUGGACGCAGUGACGGCUCAUCGAGCUCAGUACAGCAGCAACCUGGAGAUCUCGGACGAGCUUCCCGGUGAUCAGAUGGCUCGCAUUUACCAGGACAUUUGCAACUACUCUGUUCCUCAGCGACCCCCGUGCUACAGAGACAACCUGCCCAUCAUCGCCUGAAACGCAAAUCUGACUCCAGCUCGGAUCAACAAGCAUCUCACAAACAGACUCUUUAAAAACAACAACAACAAAAACAUUUUGUUAGCAUUAGCAGUGUUGUGUGGUUUAAUAAAGCUACACGUAGCAUCGUGUGUUCUCAGGAAAUCUAAUUAUGAAAAUGUUCUCAGGGAAGGUUGUUGUUUUUUUUUGUUUUGUUUUGUUUUUAAAUAUAUAUUUUGUUAUGAAAUGUAUUUCUCGGUUUACUUUUUUUUUUUGCACUUUUCUAUUCAACCGGGCUUUAAAAAAAAAAGAAAGAAAAGAAAAAAAAGAUUAUUAAUCUUGAGCUAAUAAGUAGAUAGGUUUUACUAUCUUCAGCUUUUUGUACUGUGACUUUGUAUUGAAAUAAAAAAAAAACUUUUUAAGCA